AUGCAAAAUCAAAAUAAUCCCUGGGCAAUAGCCUUCUUCAUUGCAGUGAUUUUGCAAAAUAGUUUGUUAGCAAUUAUAAAUACCGAAUAUGCCACCCUGAAAAAACAAGUUUCAUUACAUAAAGAAGGACAAGAAAAGAAGCUUUCGGAUUUAGAAGAAUCAGAAACUUUACAUUAUAACCCAUUUACAGUUCAUAUUACUGAUUCCUAUAGUCUGUCUUUUUAUCAGUCUUUAAAUCCGAAAUUUACAUAUUUUCCAUUCUCACCGGACUUUCAAAAUUCUAUUCAAAAUACGAGCGACGGUGUUCAUCAACAAAUUAAGUGUGGCGACACUUUUCCACAAAUUUGUGAGAAUUCACGAUAUCGAAGUUAUGACGGUUCUUGCAAUAAUCUUCAAAAUCCCACCUGGGGCUUGGCCAAUACAAGAUAUGGAAGACUUAUACGUCCACGUUACAGCGAUGGAAUUCGAGCACCAUCCGGAUCAAUCAUCGGGACAGAUUUGCCAUUAGCUCGAGCUGUCAGUUACACGAUGUUUCCGAACAGUGAUGUCGAUGAUGUAAUGUGGACUCUGGUAGCAAUGCAAUAUGGACAAGUCGUGGCGCAUGAUAUAGGUUUAAUUGACGGCACGACUAAAUCGACCUCGCCCAGCACACAAUGUUGCACCUCCGACGGUCGAAUAGCAUCGGAUGUUGCGAUGAAACCUCAAUGCUUUCCGAUACUAAUACCUGCAAACGAUCCGGUAUAUAGCGGAUCUUCCAUACGGUGCCUAAACUUUGUCCGUAGUACGACUGAUCUUGAUCAUGGCUGUUCGUCUCCGUACAAAUCAUACACAGCAGAACAGCUGAAUACUGUUACUCAUUACCUGGACCUUUCGCUUGUUUACGGAUCGAACGAUGAAGUUGCUGCCAGUUUACGAGCCGGUUUCGGCGGUCGUUUGAAAGUAGAAUUAAAACAUAACAGAGAAUUUCCACCAUCGGCUCCUAAUAAAACUACUAUGUGUGACACGGUAUAUGAAUCCGAGCCAUGCUACGCUACCGGUGAUACGCGAGCUAAUCAAAAUCCGCAAUUGGCGAUUUUACAAAUCAUACUGCUCAGAGAACACAAUCGCAUUGCUGAUUAUUUGACACAUUUGAAUUCCCAUUGGUCCGACGAAAUGACAUUCCAAGAAACGCGCCGGAUUGUGAUUGCUGAGCAUCAAAACAUAGCGUACUACAAAUGGCUGCCAAUCUUUUUAGGUAUAAGACAAGUCUAUGAAAACAAAAUUAUUUAUACUACUCAGGAUUACGUGAACGAUUACGAUAAAACGGUCAACGGUAACGUGCUAAAUGAACAUUCAAAUGCAGCUUUUAGACAUUUCCAUUCAAAUAUUGUUGGCUUAAUAAACUUAGUGUUAGAAGAUCGAUCUCCCAUCGGUGCUUUGAGAUUAAGUGAUCACUUUAACCGACCAGGUAUUAUAGAAAAGGAUAACAAUCUGGAUGAUUUAACGAGAGGUUUUGCAUAUCAACUACAAAAAUAUUCCGAUACAUAUUUUAAUAAAGAGAUCACACAAUACUUGUUCAGAAAAGGGAAGAUUCUCGGAUCUGACUUACGAGCAGUAGAUAUUCAAAGAGAUCGUGAUCACGGACUCGCUUCAUAUAAUGAUUAUCGCGAACAUUGCGGACUGCCACGAGCGAAAACUUUCGAUGAUUAUGCUGACUAUAUAUCUUUUUCGGAUAUAUACAAACUUUCUACGUUAUACGCUAGUCCAAAUGAUGUUGAGUUGACCGUCGGUGGAUCCUUAGAGAGACAUGUUGACGGAGCACUGGUUGGACCGACAUUUCUAUGCAUCAUGUUAAAACAAUUUCAACAAACGCGAAUUGGCGAUCGUUAUUGGUUUGAAACAGGAGAUCCGAAAAUAGCAUUUACCAUAGAACAAUUAAACGAAUUACGGAAAUCAAGUAUAUCGCGAUUGCUUUGCGACAAUGGAGACAACAUUCAGCACAUGCAAAGAUUAGGAUUUGAAAAAAUCUCUGAAAAGAAUCCACUCAGAAGAUGCGACGAACUCCCGCAGAUAGAUCUUUCUCUCUGGAAAGAUUACAGCUCUCCAGAGAAUCAUGACCUAUAUCAUAUUACACCUUUAUAUACAAAGAAAUAAACAAGUUUUUCUUUUUACGUUAUUACGCGAAAAAAAUUUUAUUAUUGGAAAUUACUAUGGUAAGUAGUAAUCGCGAACUAAAAAAAGAAUUAAGAAACUUUUACUAUUUUUCAUCAAAUUGUUAUUUACAUUUAUGGUAUAAUUCUCUAAAAUUUCUUCUUAUGAUUUAUGGGUAUUAUCGUACAAAGUAAUUAUUGAUGUAAAAUUGUCUUCGUGUAAAGAUACUAGAGGAAAAUUUCAUACUUUAUGUAUUAGAGUAAAAAUCUUGAUUCCAAGUAUUUGUAAACGAGCCUCUUAAACCAAACUGAUUGACAUUUUGUAAAUUUUAUAAUUUUAAUACCAGUAUAAUUUGGAUUGUCUUGUCAAUUUUCUUGACUUUUUAUUUCAUGUAGUUAACUAUGGAACAAUUUGGUUCAAAAACACUUCAAUUAGAAAUAAUAGAGUAAUAAUAAAAAACUUUUAAAAAAUUCUAAAAACACUCUUAAACUUUAAGGAAUUGUUAGAGACAAGACAAGAUCGGAUUGGUCGAACAUGUAUUCUUUCUUCUCGAAUCUAAUUGUUUGCUGUUGGUUGGUUGUAGAAUAAUAAAAUGAGAAUGCGAUUCUUCAUCGAAAUUCCUCCUGAAAUUUUUAAAAAUUUAAAUAUAAAAUUUAAGAAAAAGUAAUCAACAUACAUCAACUAAAGUACGUGCAGUUAAAAAUUUAAGUAAAGAGUGAAAUAAAAAUUUAGAAGGUGAAUUAUAUGCUACAGAUAACUAGUUUGCGCAUGAUUCUAUUUUUCAGCUAAGUAAGCUACUUCUGAAACAAAAAUUAUAGAAAAUAUAUUUCACAUUUGAUUUUAUUAUCAAGCAACGCGGUAGCGGCGCGACGCCAAAUACAUAAAGAAUCGUGCUGCAUGACGCAAACUUCACUGCGCAAAUGUCACGUUGCUACUAAGCUUUAUCUGGAAUUUAGAUGUCAAAUUCACUUUCAGUUAACAUAUUUCAGAAACUAAAAUAAUAAUCAAAAAUCUAAGAGCAACUUUAUUAUAUAACAUUGAUGUGAGCUUUCGAUUGCGACCAGUCCGAUUAAAAUUGGUACACUCAAUUCUGAGAUCUCAAGAUCUCUUGUGCAAAAAAGUUCACUUGAGUUAUUUUCCACAGAUUCACAUGUACACACAUGUAACUCAGUUUGUCGUUCAAGGGUUUUACAAUGUGUCUAUAUACAAUUUUAUAAAAUUAAAAUAAAAUUAUUUCGUAAUGUAAGUAGUAAAUAUUGGUACGCGAAAGAAAUAUAAUAAACCUGAUAAUUCUAAGAUUUUGAGAUCUCUUGCGCGAAAAAGCUCAUUUGAGUUAUUUUCUACAAAUUUACAUAUACAUUCAUACACACACGCAAAGCCAAGGUCGUUCAAGGGGCUUCACAAUGUGCCUACAUACAAUUUUAUAAAACUAAAAUAUUUAAAAAAUUAUUUUGUAAUAUAAAUGGUGAAUAUUGGUAUGCGAGAAAAGUAUAAGUUAAUAAAAAUAAAAUAAAUAUAUAACCAAACAAAUACAUGAUAUAUAUGUAAAUGUCAAAAAUAUUAAUAUAGAAAUUAAUAAAAUUACAACAAACGUCUGAAUAUUCAAGUUAUAAUUACAAUUAUAUAUGUAUAAUAUGGGUCCACUUGACCGACAAUCAUUUGACCAACAGUUCAUUUGACCGACACCGUUUGGCCGACAGUACACUUGACCGACACGAUCAUCUGACCGACAGUUUACUUAACCGACACCAUUUGGCCGACA